AUGGCUUCAAGACAGCCAUUCCCACAAAAGCAAAGGCAACGAAUGAGCGUAAUAUUCCUUGCGAUCUCCAUUUCAGCCUCUCUCAUAAUCCUCUUCGCACUUGUGUAUUUCCUCUACUCUCUCUGGUAUUCAUUAGUCCACAAAUCGAGGACCAGUCCAUUCGACGCCGCCUCGCCAUUAAACAAGCUCCAGAAGUUCAGCUACAAAGAAUUAAAGAGCGCCACCGAUAAUUUCAGCGUCUCCAACUCCAUCGGCAAAGGCGGGUCGGGCACCGUCUUCCGAGGCAUUUUGCGCGACGGUAAGUUGGUGGCCGUUAAACUCCUCGACCCCAAUUUGCUUCAGAGAGAGCAAGAGUUUCAAAACGAGUUGAAAAUUCUCGGCGGGUUGAAAUCAUGCCCUUUAAUUGUUACUUUAUUGGGUUUUUGUGUGGAGAAAGGUAACAGGCUCCUGGUGUUUGAGUAUAUGUCUAACAGAAGCUUGCAAGAAUCUCUCUUCAUGGAUGGUUCGAAUAGUUAUAGCGACGUUGGGGUUUGUGGUGAUUUUGGUUUGGGCUACUUGAAUUGGGGUGUAAGGUUUAGUGUAAUUCUUGAUGUUGCCAAAGCAUUGGCUUUCUUGCAUCUUGAGUGUGAGCCUCCAGUGAUCCAUGGUGAUGUGAAGCCGAGCAAUGUGUUGCUUGACUCUGAUUAUAGGGCCAAGCUUUCGGAUUUCGGCUUGUCGAGAUUGAAGCUUGAAGGCGAAGUUGGGGUGGAUUUGUUCAGCCAAGAGCUUUCUGGAAAUUUGAAUGCCAUGGGAGGUCUUGGUGUGGUCGAAAACGAAAACGAGACCCCACCAAUCGGGACCCCUCUGGAGGAUCAAGAAAAUGACGAGGUAGAUUUCGCCUUAGCUCUGCAAGCUUCUAAUUCUUCGAAAAAUAGCUCCAAAAUUCACCAUAGUGCGAUGGGGCUGGUGAAGAAUUUCAAGUUUAGUUCCGAGUGUGGAGAUAGCAAUUUGAAAGGGAAGGAAUUUGUUCCUUAUUAUGAUGAAGAGUUGAAUAGUGCGGAUCAUAGUAAGGAGUUUAGUUUAAAUGCUGGCGACAACAUUAGUAGCAAACAAUGGGGGAAGGAUUGGUGGUGGAGACAGGAUGGGAGUGGGGAGUUGAGUAGCAAGGACUAUGUUAAAGAGUGGAUUGGGAGUCAAAUUUGCCCCGAUCCAGAUAUUCCCGAUUGGGAGGAGGAAAAAGGGGAAGCAAACACCAACCGAGAGAAAGCAGGCGGCUCAAAAAAGGGUACAAAAAUGGAAAAACACAAGGAAAAGAAGGAGAAUUUUAGGCAAGAAUCCAGAUUCGGGUGUCUUAAUAUUGGGCUGGAGAAGGAAAAUCCAAAUAGGUGUAAAAAAGCUUGUUCUGAUAAUCACCGGAAGAUGCACGAGUGGUGGAAGGAAGAAAAUUUAGACGACAUGUGCAAGAAGAGUAAAAAGACGAGAAGGGUCAACGUUCGGCCUCAUUUCGGUUUGGGCAAGUGCUUCUCGUUCAGAAGGAUGAGACAACAAAACAAGAAUGAUGAAGACGGUCGGAACCCAGAGUUCAGUUUCCGCCUGGGUCGGAAAAAGAAAGAGAAAAAUAAUUCCCUCUCGGUCGGUAGCGACAUGUGGAGCGGGGAUGUUUUCAGUCGGGAGUUGAGUAGCACGACCAGUAUGAGGGGCACAUUGUGCUAUGUGGCGCCCGAGUACAAUGGUUAUGGCUACCUGAUGGAAAAGGCUGAUAUUUACAGUUUAGGUGUGUUGAUUCUUGUUGUUGUUUCGGGGAGAAGGCCACUGCACGUACUGGCCUCGCCUAUGAGGCUGGAGAAGGCCAACCUGAUUAGCUGGGCCAGGAGCUUGGCCUACUCGGGGAAUAUACUCGAGCUUGUUGAUGAGCGGUUGAAGGAUGACUACAACAAGGAGCAAGCAGGCUUGUGUAUUAAUUUGGCUCUCGCAUGCUUGCAGAAGAUGCCCGAGUUGAGACCGGACAUCGGGGACGUUGUUAGGGUUUUGAAGGGAGAAAUGGAGAUCCCACAGUUGCCGUUUGAGUUCACACCUUCGCCUCCUUCAAGAGGUUUUAGCAGGUCUACAAGGAAAAGGAAUGGCGGUUUGAUAUAG